AUGAAACUAUUCAAUUCAAUCAUACUUUUAGCUGGUGUUCAAAUCCCAUUAGUCUUAUCCAAAUUGAUUCAGAACAUUGAAACAUUUGAACUCAAUGAAAACUCGCCAAUAAAAUGCUUCAACCUUGAGUUAAUUCAUGGGAAAACUCAUUUGAAACUUGAAGCAAAUGGAGUACCACACCAACAAUUGCCGUUGAAUGUCCACCGAAAUACAAAACUUUUGCGUAUGGAUAAAGAUAAAGGUGAUAAAGAUUUCCGAGCUGAACUGCAAUCUUUCAACAUUUAUGAAACUUUGGUUGAUGGAUAUGAAACGCAAGAGCUUAACCUUUAUGAACCGGGACAAUAUUGUGUUCUGUUUAAUGAAAACAAAGAAUAUACUGCAACAUUUAAUUCCAAAGCCACGUUGGUUGAAAACUUUGAUACAAUUGAUAUUUCAAGUGAAGCUUAUAAGCAUGCCAUUUCUGCUAUUAUUGGAGGAUUGAUUAUUGCUGGAAUUGUUGCCAAGUAUCAAAUUACUGGAUUAUCCAAUAUUUCUCCUAUUUCUGCUAGAAUCUUUUCACUUUUGGUGGUGUAUUUUGUGUUUAAUUCUGCAAUGAUGAUUUUGGAAUGGUACUGUUAUUAUAGUCCUUCGUCGUUUAGUUAUUUGUUUGUUGAAAAUUAUUUCAAAAACAUUGUGGGUAGUAUUAUAACUUGUUGGGAUACUUAUGUCACCAUUAUGAUUUAUUUUGGAAGUGGAUUCAAAAACCUUGGGUAUAAGGCUCCAUCUAAUACUUCUUGGGUGAAAAGAAUAAUCUUGGGAUCACUUUUAUUUGUUUCUAUUGCCUCGUCUUCGAAAAUCACAAAAACAGUUUUGAAGAGAUCAAUUGUUCUUGAUAAUAAGCUUCAAGAUGUGUUUAUUUAUUUUGAUCCAAAGGACUCUUUUUUGAGAAAUAGCUUUAUCUCCACUAUUUUCAAGUGGAUUACGGCGAUUUUAGGAGGCGGUCUUUUGGUGUGCGUGACAGUUCUUCCAUUUGUUUAUGGAUACGUCAUCUAUAAUAGAUUCACUAGAACUGGGGAAUAUGUGAAUCAGCAAUUAAUGAAAAACACAUUGUUAUACCAUGGGAUAUAUGCAUGGGUUAUUGGGUCGGCCUUGUACUAUUAUUUUGAUGUAAUGAAAUUGAUUGAGGAUUAUGUUCCUUUAGUUAUUUUAUGGUUGAUCUGGUACUCUGAGAGACCAUACGUUGCAUUAAAAGGUCUUGAAGAUGAUUUGGGGCACUUGAAAGGUAUAAAGGAGUUCUAUUUGUAG